CUAUAGGCAUACUAUUUGAAAACUGUUUGUUUAUUUAUCCAAAAUAAUUUUCUUGUUAAUUUUUUGAUUGCCAUUUUGGUUGCAAUAGAAUUAAAAUGAGUUUAAAAAUCCAUAUUGACCGCGGGGGUACGUUUACAGAUGUAAUCGCAACUGUAACAGAUAAUUCCCGGGAACCAAUUGUUACCAAACUACUUUCUGAAGAUCCAAACAACUAUAAGGAUGCUUCUAUUGAAGCUGUGCGACGUGUUUUAGAGAUUUACCAUGGUAAACGUAUUCCAAGGAAUGAGAAGUUAGACACUAGUUGCAUCAGUCAUCUUCGCUGCGGUACUACGGUUGCUACGAAUGCGUUGUUGGAACGUAAAGGAGAACGAUGUGCAUUUAUUACUACUAAAGGUUUUAAGGAUGGUCUUGUUAUUGGUAAUCAAUCCCGCCCUAAUAUUUUUGAAUUGGCUAUUCGUAGACCUGAUGUCUUAUACUCUAAAGUGGUUGAAAUCGAUGAACGUGUAACUUUGGAAGAUUUCGUAGAGGACCCAUCUGGUUGCAAAACAAAAAUCGAUGGUAAUAAUCCAAGUCUGGUGCUUGGCCGAUCUGGAGAAGCCGUCCGUAUUCUAAAGAAACUUGACGAAGAAUCAGUACGGAAAGACUUACAAAAGUUAAGAGAUGAAGGAUUCACUAGCAUUGCUGUUUGUUUAGCACACAGUUUCACCUAUCCAGAUCAUGAGAUUGCCGUAGGUAAACUAGCGAAAGAAUAUGGUUUUUCUCAUAUCAGUUUGUCUGCAGAACUAAUGCCUAUGAUCAAAUAUGUUCCUCGAGCUACUUCUGCAACUGCAGAUGCUUACCUGUCACCAGUCGUCCGUCGUUACUUGUCCGGAUUUCAGUCAGGCUUCUUACACGGGCUCAAAACCCAAGGCCACCCAGAAGGUGUCCGCUGCGAGUUUAUGCAAAGUGACGGUGGCCUAGCCGAUGUAAAUAAAUUUUCUGGUCUUCGAGCUAUAUUAUCUGGCCCCGCUGGCGGUGUCGUUGGAUUUGCUCUUACUUCAUAUGAUGAAAAUACAAAUAUUCCAGUCAUCGGAUUUGAUAUGGGUGGUACCUCUACUGAUGUAUCUCGUUACGGCGGCGCGUAUGAACAUGUCUUUGAAACUACUACGGCUGGCGUUACUAUUCAAUCUCCUCAACUAGAUAUCAACACUGUUGCUGCUGGUGGUGGCUCUAGAUUGUUUUGGAAAAACGGAUUAUUCGUAGUUGGUCCUGAGAGUGCUGGAGCGCAUCCUGGUCCUGUUUGCUAUAGAAAGGGUGGCUAUUUGACAGUUACGGAUGCCAAUCUACUUUUAGGAAGGCUCCUUCCUGAAUACUUUCCCAAAAUUUUUGGACCUACCGAGGAUCAACCUCUUGAUGUUGAAGCCACUCGUAAAAAGUUUGAAGAAUUAACUGAAGAAAUCAAUUCUGGCAUCUCAGAAUCUCAAAGGAUGAGUGCUGAUGAAGUUGCUUAUGGAUUUAUCAAAAUUGCUAACGAAACAAUGGCUCGGCCAAUUCGUGCAUUGACCGAAGCUAAAGGACAUGACAUUUCAAUUCACCGUUUAACAUCUUUUGGUGGUGCUGGCGGCCAGCAUUGUGUUGCUAUCGCUCAAUCUUUGGGUAUUUCUCAAGUUCUUGUGCAUAAGUACAGUUCUAUUCUCUCAGCAUACGGAAUGGCUUUGGCAGAUGUUGUUUCGGAGGCUCAAGAACCAGCUUCUUUUUCUCUUACUUCUGAAAUAAUCCCUGAAAUUGAAGAACGGUUUAGAAGAAUUAUGGGAAGUGCACAAAAAAGUUUGAAUGAACAAGGAUUUGCCAAUGAAAAUAUAUCCUAUGAACUUUUCUUAAAUCUUCGUUACCAAGGAACAGAUAGCCCAUUAAUGAUUAGCAAGCCAAACAAUUCUUGGGACUUUAAAGAAGCUUUUCUAGAAAGACAUCAACAAGAGUUUGGAUUUCUUUUUGAUAAAGAUAUAAUCAUUGAUGAUAUUCGCGUUCGCGCUUCUGGUAAAAGCUUCGAUCAUAAAGAACCCAGUGUUGAUGCCCAGUUAAAGGAUAUGAAAUUCGUAGAAGUUGAAGGAUCUGUAUCGUCUGGAAUUAAAAAGGUAUUCUUCGAUGGAAAACGUAUGGAUUGCCCCAUUUUCUUAUUGGAGAACUUGUCAAGCGGUGUUAAGAUUGCAGGACCCUCAAUCAUCGUAGACAAGACGCAGACUAUUGUGAUUCCUCCUGGAUCCAUUGCUCGCAUUCUUAAUUCUCAUGUGGUGAUAGAUAUUGUAUCGAAGGGAUCUAUCUCCGACGAUUCACUUGCUAAAACGGAAGACAUUGACCCUGUGUAUCUUUCCGUUUUAGGCUCUCGCUUCAUGGCUGUUGCUGAACAAAUGGGUCGUGCUCUUCAAAAAACAAGUGUUUCAACUAACGUGAAAGAACGGCUUGAUUAUUCUUGUGCUUUGUUCGACGCUAACGGAGAUUUGGUUGCAAACGCCCCACAUAUGCCAGUCCAUCUAGGAUCUAUGUCCACUUGCGUUCGUAAACAAGCAAUGAUAAACAAAGGAUCAUUAAAUCCUGGUGAUGUCUUGGUCACUAAUCAUCCCAGCUUUGGUGGAACUCAUUUGCCAGAUAUAACUACUAUAACUCCUUAUUUCGAAGAUGGUGAGAUUAUCUUCUAUGUCGCUUCUCGGGCCCAUCAUGCCGACAUUGGCGGUAUAUUGCCUGGUAGUAUGCCUUCAACUAGUAAGGAACUAUCAGAAGAAGGGGCCAGUAUAAAGAGUGAGAAGUUGGUUAUCAAUGGUGUUUUUCAAGAAGAAAAAAUGAUUGAUUUACUUUAUCAUGAUCCUGGAAAAGUGGAAGGUGGUUCUGGCACACGUUGUCUACGUGAUAAUUUGAAUGAUUUGAAAGCCCAAGUUGCUUCGAAUCAGAAAGGAAUUAAUCUCAUCACUAAUCUCAUUAAAGAAUAUGGUAAGAAUUCUGUCUUACGUUACAUGAAGGCAAUCCAGAAUAAUGCAGAAAUUUCUGUACGUAAGCUUUUAAUUGGAGUACGGAAAACAUUCGGACAGGACCUCGUUGCUGAAGAUUUUAUGGAUGACGGUUCUCGAAUUUCUUUGCGAAUCACAAUAGAUGAUAAAACGGGAGAUGCUAUCUUUGACUUUGAUGGCACGACUGAAGAAGUCUAUGGUAAUACGAAUGCUCCUGAAGCAGUUACUUACAGUGCUAUCAUUUAUUGUUUACGAGUACUAGUAUCCGAAAAUAUUCCUCUAAACCAAGGUUGCUUGUUACCAAUCAAAGUGCGGAUUCCUGACAAUUGUUUCCUUAAGCCUUCUGAAUCGGCAGCUGUGGUUGGCGGUAACGUUCUUACCUCUCAGAGAAUUACGGAUACAAUUUUAAAGGCUUUCCAAGCUUGCGCCGCUAGCCAAGGAGAUACAAAUAAUUUGACAUUCGGUAUUGGUGGUAGGAACCAUGAGACAGGGGAAAUUAUUCCUGGAUUUGGAUACUAUGAAACUAUAUGCGGUGGAUCUGGUGCAUGUGACGGGAUGGAUGGUACUUCUGGUGUUCAUACUCAUAUGACCAAUACCAGAAUCACUGAUUUAGAAGUCUUUGAGCGUCGGUAUCCUGUCAUCCUUAAAGAAUUCAGCAUCCGCAAAGAUUCUGGAGGUAAAGGAAAAUACAGAGGAGGUGAUGGUGUCAUCCGAGACAUCGAAUUCCGCAUUCCAGUUACAUUGUCAAUCUUAUCUGAGCGUCGAGCAUAUCAUCCUUACGGUAUGAAAGGAGGUGAAGAUGCCAAAUGUGGAAAGAAUAUUUGGGUUAAACGUUCGACAGAUGAAGAAGGCAAUUGCAAGAUACGAAGAAUCAACUUGGGCGGAAGGAACACAUGUCACAUAGGUGCCGGUGAUCACAUUGAAAUCCAUACACCUGGCGGUGGAGGAUACGGACCAGUGAACGAAAGGAUUGAAAAUGUGGAAUCAAAAAAAGAUGUGGAUAGUUUUGCCUUUCGGGCGAACGGAAGUCUAUCUCAACGACACUUUAUACAGCACACAAAUUAGUUAAGCUGGCUGGAGAAGAAAGGAAACAAGAAUAGAAUAGAUAUGACUUGUUUGUAUAUGUACAAGUAUAAGUUAGAAUGUACAGUUACAAAAGUUAGCAUAAGUUACGAAUAUGAUAUCACGUGUACGGGAAAGAGAAAUACAUGUUCAGAGGUACAAUAAGCAAUUUGUAAAAAGCUUGAUUUGAUUACUAAGGUAGUAGGAAUGGUGAGAAAUCGAAUUA